AUGCACAAUAGGGGAUGGAGAUCAGUGUACUGUGUGACCAAGCGUGAUGCAUUCCGUGGAACUGCACCAAUCAAUCUCACUGAUAGGCUUCAUCAGGUGCUUAGAUGGGCUACUGGCUCAGUUGAAAUAUUCUUCUCAAGAAACAAUGCAAUUCUAGCUAGCACAAGGAUGAAAUUUCUUCAAAGAGUGGCAUACCUUAAUGUUGGAAUAUAUCCAUUCACUUCAAUAUUCCUUGUUGUGUACUGUUUCAUUCCUGCACUUUCACUCUUCUCUGGCCAGUUCAUUGUUCAAACUCUCAAUGUCACAUUCCUUGCUUAUCUCUUGACCAUCACUGUGACAUUGUACAUGCUUGCUGUUCUUGAAAUUGAGUGGUCUGGUAUUGAGCUUGAAGUGAUAGCAGGGAUUGAAAUAUCAUUCACCUUGACUUCAAAAUCUGGUGGUGAUGAUGUUGAUGAUGAGUUUGCUGAUCUCUAUAUAGUGAAAUGGACAUCACUUAUGAUACCACCAAUCACAAUUAUGAUGGUUAACUUGAUAGCAAUAACAGUUGGAGUUAGCAGGACCAUAUACAGUGUAAUACCACAGUGGAGCCGUUUACUAGGUGGUGUUUUCUUCAGUUUUUGGGUCUUGACACAUCUCUAUCCUUUUGCAAAAGGUUUGAUGGGAAGAAGAGGGACUACCAUUGUUUUUAUAUGGUCAGGCCUCAUAGCAAUCACAAUGUCACUCUUUUGGGUGGCAAUCAAUCCCCCUGCUGAUACCAACCAAAUUGGUGGUUCAUUCCAGUUCCCAUGA